AUGGGCCCCAAAACAUUUGCUAUAAUAGCGGGAGUUGGCCCUGGGACAGGAGCUUGUAUAGCAAGGCGGUUUGCUCAACAAUACUCCGUGGUCCUUCUAUCACGAACUCCCACCAGCUAUACCCCUCUCGUGAAGGAGAUCAAUUGCAGCGGAGGCCAUGCUAUUGGUAUAAGCACCGAUUUGUCCGAUUCGAUGAGUGUCCGGUCAACGUUCGAGAAGAUCUCACAGCAGUUCCCUUCUUCGUCCCUUGCCGCUGCUGUGUUUAACCCCGGUGGAGGGUAUGUGCCGAAGCCAUUCCUGGAGUUGACAGAAGACGAGUUUGCCAGUGGAUUUGAAAGUCAAGGGAAAGGAGCCUUUCACUUUUCUCAAGCUGUCUUGCCUCUACUUCUCCAGGCUAAGGGCCUGGAUCACCCACCCACCUUGAUCUUCACGGGUUCCACAGGCAGCUUGAGAGGAUCAGCUGGAUUCACGGCUUUCGCCAUAGGAAAGUUUACCCUACGGGCGAUUGCACAAGCUCUGGCGCGGGAAUUUGGGCCGAAGGGUGUCCAUGUGUCGCAUGUUAUUAUUGAUGGAAUUAUCGACACUCCGAAAACGAAAGAAUGGGUGGUCGAUGGUAAUGAGGAUGCAAAGCUUAGUUCUGAAGCUAUUGCGAGCAUGUACUGGCAUCUGCACACGCAGCCCCGGUCAACGUUGGCAUUCGAGGUGGAUUUACGGCCGUGGUCAGAGAAGUGGUAG